AUUGCAUAAUAUUAGUUUGUGAUUAAAGUCUCCGCUAGGAGUAAAGUAUUCUGUGGAUUAAAGCUAUUGGAAAUAGAAAUGGCCUUUAGUGAAGUUUGUAGAAUUUGUUUAUGCGUUAAUGUACGCAAGUUUGUACUAAAGAAGACUAGUCUCCAAAAUUUGUACAAAACAUUGACGAAUAGUUUUAUGGAUGAGGAUGAGGAACCCAUAAUUGUCUGUUUCACCUGUCAUGCAAGACUCAUUCGUUGCAGAACAUUACAACAACAGGCUAUUGAGUCAAAAGCAAUUCUAGAGCAGUUGCUUGCAGGAGGGUCCAUGGUAUUAUCCCAUGCAUUCAUUAAACCCUAUAAAAGUCCCUCAUAGAUUGCUUUAUAUGAGGCAUUUUGCCAAAUUUGCCACGCUUGGCAGGUCGGCAACCACAGUUUAUAUUUGUCUGAGUUGUUUAAGGAAGACGCUGCCGCCUAACUCCUGUUUUUAUUUCCCUCUGUUGCCUCUUACGACACCAGUCCCGUGGGUAGGUAUACAGGCUAGUGGAUAUUUUUACACCGCCACUACAUGGUAUUAUACUUGUUAUUAAUAAAAGUUCACUGCCUGAUGGUUCAUUCCCAUUAUAAUAUGAAGUAUUUCCAUUAAUCAUCACUUGGCAGGCACUUUGAUCGCUACUUGACGAUCAUGCCUUCUAUGCUGCUUCCCGUUGCCAUAUGGGGAAUAUUUUUUUUCUACUGUAAUGUUAAAUUUGUCCUUCAAUCCAAUUUACUUUUUUGUUAGAGCAAUGUUCUAUAUUUUACAGUGAGUUAAAUACUUGUUUUUAUAAAAAUAAUUACCAAACUGUUUGUACUGCAAUAGUUAAUAAACAAACUAUUAUCUAUAUGUAAUAUUAUUCAGUAAACAAAGAUAGAUCUUGAGGCAAUUUUUGGCAUUUGUGAACCUUAAUGGAAAAAUUGUUGAGACUUGAUUCUCGGGAUGGAUUAACUAUCUACAUUCUUAUUUAAGUUUAUUCGGAACCCUGACUUUGUCCAGUUUUUAUUAUUAUUUAGAGUUGUUGUCAGGGAGAUGCCCAUCUCCUGUUUCGGUUUCCCUCUGUCCCUUUUUACAACAUCUGCAGGAUGGUAUGGUAGUACGGACUCUCCUACAGCACCACUACACUGACUCUUUCUCUUAUUUAACAAAAGAAUUUGAUUUCAGUCAAUACUAAAACCGCAUGAGGCUAGAGAUAAGAUUCAAUUCACACCAAUUAGCCAUAUAGAUAUCAGGCCAGUAGAGUGUGAUUGUCAGAACGAAAUGUUUAGCCUUGAAUCUGUUAAAGUAGAAGAGAAUUUCGAAAAUGAGAAUCCCAAAUUUGAAGAAAGUGGGAAUCAUGAAAUAGAUGGACCAAACACCAAUUUGACACUUGAACCAAUGGACAUCUUUGGCCGCAACGAUUACAAUCACAUCAUCUGCAUAUGCCUGAAUAUGGCAACCUGCCGGAAGUUCUGCGCCAAACAGUUCAUCAAGGAUGAUGUUCCACAAUACUGGGCCGCAAGCAGAUUCCUGGAAGCAUCCCUUGGUCAUCAUCUUGGUGACUCUGACCCCGGCGUGAUCAAGAGUCACCAUGCGGUUCCGAACAUAACUAAGAAUAAGUCCAUAGAUGUUGCGUGGACAAUUAAUCAUUCUCAGCCUGUGGAACAGUGCCGGCCACCAGGCGUUAUCGAAAGCCGCUUUGAUAUCCAAGGAGAGUGCAAUUACUAGUUCUCCAUUGUCCUUAGCUCAACGAAUCACGUCAAGCGCAGUGUCAAUGGCCGUGAUAGAAUUUGUUUGCUCACGGAAACUAAACUGUCGUGGACAGCUGAGGUUGUUGUUAGCAGCCCAGUAAGUGACGCGUUUGAUUAAGGAUCGUACGUCCCGUAUUAUUAAAGAGGAAAUUAAGGUGUGUGUCCGAAAAGAGAUGGCCAACUUCAAAAAGUUGAAACCAACGUACGCCCAGGCUGCUGCUGCAGCCAGCGGGGUCGCGUCGACGACGGGAGGACCUGCAGCCCGCACUGCACUACCUACUACAAAGCCUGCAAUUAUCAUCACCCCGGCUCAGGAAGUCAAAAGGCGUCAGGAGGCCGUGGAGCUGUUCAAAAUGUGCAUCUCAUAUAGGAACUCGACUUACGCGCCUGUAAGAGUGCAACCUGUUUCUAAUAAUAAAUUUCGUGUGGAGUUUGAGAACAUGAACCAAAGGAAUGACACACUCACCAGGCUCGAGAACAGCAAAGAGGUAAGUGCAGAACCCGUACGCAUGCUCAAGCGUAUGGUUAUCCUUAAGGGCAUCUCCAAGGAUGUUCCUUCGGAGGAUCUGGUAAAGCUAAUCGCCACUCAGAACCCUGAAUUAACCCACCUGAUUGACAGCGAGAGUAGUGACAGUGAGAGUAGUGACAGUGAGAGCUUCCGACUCCGUUUUAAACGCGUAAACCGCAACAGCAACUUAUACAACGCGGUGUUCCAGGCAGAGGCUAAAGUAUAUCGUAAGAUUCUCGACUUGGGGAGGGUUUGUGUGGACCACCAGAGGGUCACUGUGAAUAGCUUCUCCCCAUUUUAUAUUUGAUUUAGAAUAGCUAUAAGGCCCUCUUCUUAUUAAUUAUUGUAAUCUGUACUUGAAAUUACUUCUUUACAUGUUACUAAUUUCAUUGAUAAAGUCAAUUUAGUAGUAAGCUUCACUUUAUAUUGUCAAUUAAUCUCAUUAGAUAUUAUAUAGCUGAUAAGUUUUACUUUAAGCCUCUUUUUAUUGCUAUUAUUAACACAAAUGCUUCGAUUAUUACCGCAUGCCUUUCCUUUCUAUAUCAUUUAAUAUGAAAUGUCACUUUAAUAAUAAUAAAUAGGAAUAGAUUGAUUUAUACAUUAAACAUUUAUCUUGAUUUUUAUCUUCAUGUCCACCUAGUCUAAACUCUAAAUUUGACAUAAGAUAUCUGCAUGUUGUUAAAUAUAUAUAUUAGAUUUAGCAUAGCUAUGAGGUCCACUCUUUAUUACUUAUUUUAUUCUGUACUCGAAAUAACCUUUUUAUAUGUUACAAACUUCAGUUAAUAAAGUUAAUUUAGUUGCAAGAUUCACUUUAUAUUAAUUAGAUACCAUAUAGAUGACCAAUUCUACUUUAUGCCUCUCCUUUAUCAUUAUUUACAUAAAUGUUUAGAUUAUUAUGUCAUGCCUUUCCUUUCUAUAUUAUAUAAUAUAAAAAAUGUUUAAAAGCUUUUAGAAAAAUUUACUUCGCUAAUAUCCGCGUUAUAAAAUAACAUGAUGUGUCUUACCUAGUAUGAAGAGCACCUCCCGCCCUCCCUCAAUUGCGUGCACUAUCCCCGUCACCACUAAUCCCAGCACCGCUACUCCCAACACCACAAUAGUGGUGUUGGUCUCUAGACGCCACAUUGAGAUAUUGUAACAUUUUUUAUAUAAUUAAUAGAGGCAAAGUAACGCCUGAUUCUAUUAAUUAUAUAAAAAAUGUUACAAUAUCUCAAUGUAGCGUCUAGAGACCACUGUAAGCAAUUAACGCAAAAAGUGUCAUUGUAAAAUAGUAAAAUUGUAAAUUAAAAUUUUUAUAGACAGUGUCGUCAACUAUGGAAACGUUAUUUUGGUUACUUAUGUUUUCUUUUACUUUCUGUUCAGUUUUAGUUCAAGUUUUAGCUAGCUAUGUUUUAGUUCAUCUUUUGUUUAAUGUUAAGUUUAAGUUUAUUUACAUAUAAGUAGAGUAUACAUUGCCUUAAGCAACUUAAGCAACAAUUGUGAAAUUUGACAAUACAGUCCCUUUGGAGGUGGUGUAACCUCUGGAGGAAAUC